UAGGGUUGUAGAGCAGAGGGGGCCAGUGGCUAAUGUUGAGGCAAAAUAACCCAGAAAAAAAAUUAAAUUAAAAAACACAUUUUUUUUCAUCCUCUCCAUGCCUCCAACUGCUGGCCCGUCUGAGAAAUCUUGAUUUUCUCUCACCCAUUUUAGGGCAUUUUUGUUUUUUUCUUUGCAGAUAAAUUUAACAAAAAAUCAUUCAUAGGAAAAAUUAGGUGACCAAUUUUUCUCGAUGGGUGGGCAAAAGUUUUCUGAUUUUGCUCCACCCUCUAAAUGCACUGAUCGUCCCUCGGCAAAGAAACGCCUCUAUCAAGUUUGGAGGGGUCGAAAUAAAUUUUUAUGUGGCGGGAGAUUGGUCUUUGGUCCUGAUGCAGGCUCAGUCCUCUUGUCGACGGUUCUCAUAGGUGGUCCGGCAUUAACUUUCUGUAUAAAGAUGAUUUUUAGGAUCUCAGAGCUUGAUUUCUUGUACGGGCGUAUUGUAUUGGCCGGAGGAUUUAUCCUCACAUUUUUGGCUUUGUCGUUUCUCUACAUGACUGCUGCGAGAAAUCCUGGUAUAGUUCCUAGGAACAACCGGCCACCGGUUGAUUUUGAGGUAGAGUCGGUUAGAUCCUUGGAUUGGGCCAGCUGCGGGACUCCCUCGUUCAAGAUACCAAGAACCAAGGAUGUUAUUGUGAAUGGCCACACAGUUAAAGUCAAGUUUUGUGAUACUUGUUUGUUGUAUCGCCCGCCACGCGCUUCCCAUUGCUCAAUCUGCAACAAUUGUGUCCAGAGGUUUGAUCACCACUGUCCAUGGGUGGGCCAGUGUAUUGGAGUUAGAAACUACAGGACCUUCUUCUGUUUCGUGACAACAUCAACAGUCUUGUGCAUAUACGUUUUCACGUUUUCCUUGUUGAACCUUCUCGAGAAGCCAGGUCCCUUGUGGCGGAACAUGUCAGACGACACUGUCUCAGUUAGUCUAAUUGUUUACUGCUUCAUCUCCGUGUGGUUUGUUGGUGGCCUCAGCGUCUUCCAUUCCUAUCUCGUAUCAACCAACCAGACGACGUAUGAGAACUUCAGGUACCGUUAUGAUAGAAAGGAGAAUCCAUACAAUCUGGGAAUAGGCCAGAACAUCAAAGAAAUCUUCUUCUCUAAGCCAGUAGCUACUCGGAUCAACUUCCGGGAAUGGGUGAACGAAGCAGAUUUCCACGUACAAUCCAUAUCUAGAAAGUUCAGCGCGGACUUCAUGAGGACACAUGGAAAGCUAGACUUAGAACUCGGUGUGAUUGGCAAGGAUGGGAAACCGUUCCCAGGCAUUCUGCAGAAUCUGGAUUACAAGGGAAUCGAGGAGAGUUUGAAGAAGCCGAAAGGAGGGAAAGUGAUUAUUGACCCCUUUUUCCUUCCAUCCGAUCAAGACGAGAAAUACACGACAGGAGAUAGUUUCACCGACGAGGAUCGGUCUGAGUUUAGCUCUGAGAGAACAUCUUCUGCAGUACUUGGUAGAUAAGGUAUGAUCAAAACUUGGUUAAACCGCAUUGACAGAGAAGAAUAUUGGAUAAAAUGUGUAAAGACACCUCUUUUACUGUUUGUGGCUGCAUAGAUUUUUCAUUUUUCCUUUGUUCAGUUUUGGUUAGGAAUUAUGUUUGCAUUUGUCACACCAGGAAAGAGAUGUAAGUAUGUAUUCUGCGGUUUAUAGUUGUACCACUUUUACCACAACAGACUUUGUAUAUUUUUUUUUU